GUUUCAUAUUUUUCUUCUUAAUCUACUAUUGAAUUUGAAUUCUUUAUCAAUUAGAUCGAGACGGAUCAAAUCCGUGUAAUCCACCACAAAUGCACCAUGAGUCCAUGACCACGACCACCUUACACACUUCCCUUCUUCGUUUUUCACAUCAAUCCAAAACGGAUUUUUACCCAAUUAGUCAAAAUUAAUCCAUUAAUUAAACUUUGGAAUAAGAACUUAAAAUAAUCACAUUCAACUAAUCCACCACUCGUUCAACACGCUUUACCACACAAAUCAACGAAAAGUCUACUCUACGGGGAAAAAAACGGCAAAACCCUCGUUGUUAGCUCCUAACCUACCACUUGCGUUUCCCUCAAAAGAAUAGUAUUUUUCUAUUUGGUUUGUAGUGGUUCGUCAACGCCGAUGAGCUCCAAGAAAAGAAACGUCCAAUUUCCAGACCAAUCAGUCGCCAACGGCCGGCGAGGAAAAUUCGUUACUACUAAAGUGAACGGAUUUACGAAGACUUCUUACUCAAUAAUAAAAUUAGUAAUCUAACAAGGACGAUCAAUUCUAAGUCAUACUAAAUCCAAACAUAUUUGUUACUUAAUUCAAUUUUAACUUACUAUACCAAACCGGCUCUGCUAAUUUCUUCCUUUAUUACUAGGAAGUUGUUUGAGAGAAUUUUUCUAUUUUUUUUUAACCAAGGCAUGAUAAAAUAAAUAUCGAAUAUACGUUUAGUGACUUUCGCGCUGUCUUGAUUCUGAACUUUAGUAACAAGGUAAACUUACUCGAUCCAAUAGGUUUACAUACCAUCAAUAGGCUCGAAGGUAGUAUGUCAGUGCUCAUCCUGAACCCAAUAUACGAAAAAACUGUCAGCAGGAUUCAAAUCUGGGUUGAUAGAAGGUAGUUUGAAUAAAGAAGCCGUUAGGAGUUCUUAAGUUGCUGGUGUGUCGUUUUGAUUGAGUCCUUUGUUAGGCAGUAGAGUCUUAAGCGUCAAAUUAGAAGUAGUUGGUUGUCUUGUAACCAAGUCUGCAGAUUUGUAGGUUAGAACUGUUAGUCAUGCUAGCUGGAAUCAAGGGAGCUGGAAUCAUGAGGGUUUAGUGGUUAGUUGUGACCGAGAUCAGUGGCCAGCUUCAUUGUAUUUAAGGCUUUCUAUUUGCAUCAAUAAAGUUGGUCAGUUUGCAUUAUCAAAGUUAACAUUGUGGUAUCAGAGCUUUGAGUGAACUGUAACCAAGAUCUUAGAGAGUAACAGAGAAUUCUGCAAGUCUGAUUGCAGAAUUGGGAUUAGGGAAACACGAGUGAACAAGAGAGGAAUCAAUCAGGGUGGUGAGUGAGAUCUCUAGCUAUCUAUCGAUAAGAGAUCUGCUGUGAAAAGGAUGAGUGAAAACAGUAGCUUUGCACAGGUGUGCAUUCCCAAGUUCGAUGGAGACUACGAUCAUUGGAGUCUUCUAAUGGAAAAUUUGCUGAGGUCAAAGGAAUACUGGGGAGUGGUUAGUGAAGGUUUCAGAGAACCCUCGGAAGGUGAGACUCUUUCUGAAACUCAAUCCAAGAGUUUGGAGGACUCAAAACUGAGAGAUCUCAAGGCAAAGAACUACCUCUUCAGUUCAAUCGACAAGACAAUCUUGAAGACCAUCACAAGGAAGAGGACAGCAAAAGAAUUGUGGGAUGCUAUGAAGGUGAAAUUCCAGGGUAGUGCCAGGGUUCAGAAGGCACAGUUGCAGGCCUUGAGAAGGAAUUUCGAGCUGCUGGAGAUGAAAGAAGGUGAAUCAAUCACAGAUUAUUUUGGUAGAGUUAUGAUUGUUGCUAACUCUAUGAGGAAUUGUGGAGAAGAUCUGACUGAUGUGCAGAUCGUUGAAAAGAUAUUGAGAACUCUGACAGAAAGAUUUAAUUAUGUGGUCUGCUCAAUUGAGGAGUCAAAAGACAUUGAGCAGCUUAGUGUUGAUGCGCUGCAAAGCUCGUUGAUAGUGCAUGAGCAGAAGUUUCUUAGGAAGACUGGAGUAGAAGAAGAUCAGGCUCUCAAGGUGGGAUAUGAGAAUGGAGGAAGAGGUCGAGGUCAAAGCAGGGGUGGCUUCUUUCCAGGAAGAGGAAGAGGAAGAGGAAGAGGAAGAGGGUGGAAUAGAGAAUCUGUGGAAUGCUACAAAUGUCAUAAGAUGGGUCAUUUCAGGCAUGAGUGCCCAGAAUGGUACAACAAUCAACAUGUUAACUAUUCUACCUCUUCCGAAUUGAAAGAUGAUGUUUUACUUAUGGCUUUUUUGGAAGAACACAAAGGAGAACAAAAUGAAGCUUGCUGGUUCUUAGAUUCCGGAUGCAGUAACCAUAUGUGUGGGAAUAAGAACUGGUUUACUGAUCUGGAUACAAGCUUCAAAGGAAGUGUAAGGUUGGGAAAUGAUUCCAGACUUGAUGUUGCUGGAAAAGGAGCUGUCAAGUUGGUGCUGGAACAUGUAAAUCUGCAAAUCAAGGAUGUUUACUAUGUUCCAGAUCUGAACACCAACCUACUUAGUGUAGGGCAACUCCAGGAAAAGGGCUUGGCUUUCUUGAUCAAGGGUGGCUCUUGCAGGAUAUUUCAUGAAGAGAAAGGAAUGAUUCUGCAGACCAGCAUGCAGAAGAAUAGAAUGUUUGUGCUCAAGGCAGAUUUAAUCAAUGACACUCAAUGCUUGCAGGCUACUGAUGAACACUCAUUGGAGCUGUGGCAUAGGAGGUUUGGACACCUAAGUCCAAAGGCAAUUCUGCAGCUGCAACAGAAGGAGUUUGUGAGAGAUCUGCCAAAGCUCACUGGAGAGGUUGGAGUUUGCUCAACAUGCCAGGUUGGAAAACAACACAGAGCCCCUUUCCCAAAGAAAAGUACAUGGAGGGCUACUCAAAAGCUCCAGUUGCUGCAUGCUGAUCUCUGUGGACCAAUUACACCUACCUCGAAUGGUGGGAAACGGUACAUCUUCACCUUGAUUGACGAUUUCAGUAGAAAGUUAUGGGUUUUCUUCCUAGCUGCUAAGUCUGAAGCAUUAGAUUCCUUUAAGAAAUUUAAAGCUUUGAUAGAAAAGGAAACUGGAUUGCCAAUAGUUUGCUUGAGAACAGAUAGAGGAGGGGAGUUUAUGUUAAAUCUGUUCAAAGGAUUGUGUGAAGAAGCAGGCAUACGAAGGCAGCUUACUGCUGCGCUAACUCCACAGCAAAAUGGAGUAGCAGAGAGGAAGAACAGAACCAUACUAAACAUGGUUAGAUGUAUGCUAGAUGACAGGAAGGUACCAGCCUCCUUCUGGCCAGAAGCAGUGGCUUGGACUGCACAUGUCAUCAAUAGAAGCUCUACUGCUGCAAAUAAAGGAAAGACACCACAAGAAUUGUGGACUGGCCAACCUCCCUCGGUCUCACAUUUCAAGGUUUUUGGAUGCACAGCCUAUGUUCACAUUCCUGAUCAGCACAGGAAAAAGCUUGAUGACAAGAGCACUCCCUGUCAUUUCCUAGGUCUCUCAGCAGAAUCCAAAGCCUACAAGCUCUAUAAUCCCAACACCAAAAAGAUUGUGGUUAGUAGAGACGUGGUUUUUGAUGAAGCUAAGGGUUGGGAGUGGAAAUCUAAUAUUCAGCCUGUGUUGACCAAGAUAUAUUGGGAAGACAGUGAAGAAGGGUGGUAUGAGUCAGAUGAUGAAGGAGAAGAACAAGCCAUGACAUCAAAUGAAGCUGCUGUUGCUGCAAAUAAUUCUCAACCAGCAGGUGCAACUUCCCACCAAGAAACUGAAGUGCUAGACGAAGAGGAGGAGGAAGGAGAAGAUCAACAAGCUGUCACUCCUCCUGUUUCUCAUGUACCAGAUUUUGGUCUUGGUCCCAGGACAAGAACCAGACCUGCACAUCUGGACAUGUAUGACUGCAAUUUCUUCACCGACACUGAUUGGAAGGCAAUGGUGGCUCUCACUACCGAUCCUCAGACAUUUGAAGAAGCAGCAUCUGAUCCAAAGUGGAAUGCUGCUAUGCAAGUGGAAAUGCAGGCUAUCAAGAAGAAUCAAGUUUGGACAUUGACUGAUCUACCGGAAGGAGUCCAACCAAUUGGACUUAAAUGGGUGUACAAGACGAAGUUGAAGGAGGAUGGCUGUGUGGACAAGUUCAAAGCCAGAUUGGUGGCUAAGGGGUACUCUCAACAAGCUGGAAUAGACUACACAGAAGUUUUUGCCCCAGUAGCUCGAUGGGACACUAUAAGGACACUGCUGGCUCUAGCUGCUCAUCACAAUCUCACUGUAUAUCAACUAGAUGUCAAAAGUGCAUUCUUAUAUGGGGAUCUAGCUGAGGACGUCUAUGUAGAGCAACCACAAGGCUUUGUGGUUGCUGGGGAGGAAAGGAAAGUGUACAAGCUAAACAAGGCUCUCUAUGGCUUAAAACAAGCACCUAGAGCCUGGUAUAGCAAGAUUGAAAACUAUUUUCACAGGGCUGGUUUUGAAAGGAGCACGUAUGAACACACAUUGUUCAUCAAGAGAUCUGGAGAAUCAUUCUUAAUGGUCAGUAUCUAUGUGGAUGACCUGAUGUACACAAGCAACAGUAGCAGCAUGAUUGAAGAGUUCAAGGUAUCAAUGAAAGCUGAGUUCGAGAUGACAGAUCCUGGAAAACUGAGGUAUUUUUUGGGAGUAGAAAUCAUUCAGAAUGAUCAAGGAAUUUACCUCAGCCAGCACAAGUACAUAAAAGAAAUUCUAGAGAAGUUUAGGCUGUCAGCUUGCAACUUUGUCAGGAAUCCGAUUGCUCCUGGAAUCAAGCUAACCAAGGCUGGAGAUGGUGUUCCUGUCAACCCCACUGAAUACAAGCAGUUGAUAGGGAGCUUGCUUUAUGUGACUGUAACGAGGCCUGACAUCAUGUAUGUUGUAUGUCUAUUGAGCAGGUUCAUGGAAAGUCCAAUGAGGCAGCAUCUACUAGCUGCUAAACGAGUUUUAAGGUACCUAAAGGGGACUUCUAAGUUUGGUUUAUGGUACCAGAAGGACAGUGGGGAGGACAACCUAAUUGGAUACACUGAUAGUGACUAUGCUGGGGAUCAAGAUGACAGGAAAAGCACAUCGGGUUAUACAUUCUUCUUGGCAGGAGCUGCUGUCUCGUGGGCCUCGAAGAAACAGCCGGUAGUCACCCUAUCCACUACUGAAGCAGAGUUCGUUGCAGCCUCCUAUUGUGCAGCUCAAGGAGUAUGGUUAAGAAGGAUAUUGGAUCAGAUGGGAUGGAGCAGCUGUGUAGAAGGUGCCACAAAGAUAUUCUGUGAUAACAACUCGACAAUCAAGCUCUCUAAGAAUCCUGUUCUUCACGGCCGAAGCAAGCAUAUAGAUGUGAGGUUUCACUUUCUUAGAGAGCUGGCAAAGGAGGAAGUGGUGGAAUUGGUAUACUGUGGAACUCAGGAGCAGGUUGCAGAUGUUAUGACCAAGGCUUUGAAACUUGAGGCUUUCGAGCUACUAAGGAGUAAGCUUGGAGUAGUUGAAAUUGCAGGAACCAGCAUUGAGGAUGAUGUGAACUGAAGCUUUCUGAUGGACUUCAGUUCAGGGGAGGAUAUGUCAGCAGGAUUCAAAUCUGGGUUGAUAGAAGGUAGUUUGAAUAAAGAAGCCGUUAGGAGUUCUUAAGUUGCUGGUGUGUCGUUUUGAUUGAGUCCUUUGUUAGGCAGUAGAGUCUUAAGCGUCAAAUUAGAAGUAGUUGGUUGUCUUGUAACCAAGUCUGCAGAUUUGUAGGUUAGAACUGUUAGUCAUGCUAGCUGGAAUCAAGGGAGCUGGAAUCAUGAGGGUUUAGUGGUUAGUUGUGACCGAGAUCAGUGGCCAGCUUCAUUGUAUUUAAGGCUUUCUAUUUGCAUCAAUAAAGUUGGUCAGUUUGC